GGUCUCUCUUGCUAGAAUGUCACAAACAGGCAGUGUUGAACACUAUAAAGAGCAAUUCACCAAGUUGUCCAGAAGAGCUCCAGGCUUUCCUCAAGAGGUGCUACUGUCUUGUUUUAUUGGUGGCCUUAAGGAAGAUAUAAGGGUGGAUGUGCAAGCUCAAAAACCUAGAACAUUAUAUGAAGCAUGCGAGCUUGCCAGGGUUUAUGAGACUAGAUCAAUGAAGGUCAUCGACAUUAUGCCAGAAAUAAUUCUGGAGGUUCUAGAGCAUCAGUGGGGUCACCAGUUGGGGUGCACACUAAGACUCAUUCAUUUAGCACUGGCACAAAAGUUCAGACAACCCCAUUUACAUCUAAGAACAUGGUGAACAAUACUGCAGGACAUACUAAUGGCACCAGAAGAUUAUCUCAUUCUGAGUACCAGGAAAGACGAGCAAAAAACCAGUGUUUCUUCUGCGAGGAGCCUUUCAAACCAGGCCACAACUGUAGGAAAGGCCAGCUCAUGAUCAUGGAAGUCUUACAAGAGGACUGUGAUCUGUUGAACUCUUCAGAUGAUAUGGAUACAACAGGAGUACUAAUUAAGUACAAUUUCAUAACAAGUGAGUGGUGGGAAUUGAUUCUGACCAGUGAUAUGUUGCUGAGCAGGGCGUCAAAAUUAGAGACAUGGGUAGGGCAAAGAGUCUUCACAGCAAAGCGGCCCACUUUGUGACUGAUAUCACUACUGGAUUGCUCAACCCCAUUUCUGACAAACCCUCCAAACACUCUCCCUUCUCCUCCUCCUGUAAGCUCUCUAUCUUUCUUUACUCAAAACCCUUUCUGGGUUUUAAGAGUUCUUUAUUGGGUGCCAAAACCCAUCUCUCUGAUGUGCCAAAGAUUAGGACUUUUCUAGGUUCUGGAGCUGUGGGUGCAAAACCCGGUUCUUCAUUUGUUUUGAAAUAGAACCGAAAUUCAAUACUAUUUGUCAGGGAUUUUUUGAUGAAAUUUGGCCCAUGAGAAGUUUAUAAUACAUGAUGGAGGCAUUUUGUUACUUAUUGUAAAAACAUGGGACUCUGAGUUUGCAGAGCUGUAUAGAUGAAGUAGUUUUGUUUGGACUCUGUGGAACUCUUGUUAGAAUGGAGUCUGUGACUCUGUAAUUCUUGUGUCAGCAGGAAGAUGUGGAUGGGUCCAGAGGAAGUCAAAAUGGAACAAUGAGUGAAGAGAGUCCAGCUAAUCCGGUUGACGGGCCUGACGCUUCUUCAUUUACUGCAUUUCUCUACUCACUGUUAUCGUCGUCAGAGUCGGGAGAUAAGAGCAAAAGUUCGGAUCAACAGGUUGAUGACCAAAUGGAUAAGCCCGACUCGUUGUCUGAUUCUGCAGUGAAAGCAAACAGUGGGAAGAGAAGCUUGUUUUCCAAGGGGAAACACACGCUUAGUAAAGCUAUGUACCAGGCUGCAAGAUUUGGUGGGUAUCGGAGUCAAGAGCGGAAGGGUAACCUUGAUGUGAAAGGUGAUGAUGCGAAUGACUCUGAGUUUACUGGAGUUGAGAUGAGGCAUAUGCAUAAAGCACAGAAGCCUGUGGCCUCGGUUCAUUUGCCAGACAUCUCUGAACCGUCUUUACUUCUUACUGAGAAAACUAGAAUUGUUCUUUACAGUUCACUCCCGGCGCUAGUUCAGGGAAGACAAUGGUUGUUACUAUAUAGUACAUGGAGGCAUGGCAUAUCACUUUCAACCCUAUACAGAAGAAGUAUGCUUUACUGAGGCUCAGUUUGCUGGUAAUAGCUCAGCAACUGUUAGCAUCAGUCAUUUUGAAAAUAUUUCCAAUCAGCUCUUUCAACAAAAUUAUUUAU